AUGAAGCCGACAGAAGAUUCGGCCAUUGUCGACGCCGUCAAUGAAAAGGAACUUCCAGAGAACUCCAAACGAAGGUUGAAAUUCGAAUCGACUUAUCUGAGAUCGAUACCGUCGGCUACACAGUACGAGAAGUCCUUCAUGCACCGAGAUGUUAUAACGCAUGUCAUAUCGACUGAGACCGAUUUCAUCAUCACUGCAAGUGUUGAUGGGCACUUAAAAUUUUGGAAGAAGAAAUACGCGGAGGGCGUUGAGUUUGUGAAACAUUUCCGCUGUCACUUAGCCUCCUUUUCUCACCUGUGCACAAAUUUCAACGGCACUCUGUUGGCUACAGUAUGUCAGCAGGACAGAAAUGCGAAAAUUUUCGACGUGGAGAACUUCGACAUGAUCAACAUCCUCAAAUUCGAUUUCGCUCCUAAGAAAGCAUGCUGGGUACAUCAAGGUGCUGAUGCGGUCAAUUACCUUGCUGUUUGUGACGGCGACUCUGGCAAAAUAUUUAUUGUUGACGGAAAAGGGAAUGGCAGUGUCCUGCACACGCUUGACAAUCUUCAUCAUGCACCUGUUCUGCAAAUUGAAUAUAACCACGUAACAGAUAUUGUUAUAUCUGUUGAUGAUACUGGUAUGAUUGAAUAUUGGACCGGAGCAAGGAAAGGGUACAAAUUUCCUGAUAACGUAAAAUGGAGGUAUAAGACCGAUACGGAUUUGUAUGAAUUUGUCAAAAUGAAAACUGUACCAGUUUCUUUGGCAAUUAAUCCUAAAGGGACCAUGUUUGCUACCUAUGGUGAGGACAGAAGAAUAAGAAUUUUUUCAUUAGCUUCUGGAAAACUAUUGAACACUAUUGAUGAAACACUGAAUAAGUACCAAGCGGAAGCUAAAGACAAUCGAUCGUAUGGAUUGCAAAAUAUGGAAUGGAAUAGACGAGUUGCAUUGGAGAAGGAAAUGGAUAAAGAUCGUGCUAACUCUUUUAAGAAUGUUCGGUUGUGUUGGGACUAUUCUGGUUACUUCUUGUUAUAUCCCUCACCGAUAGGAGUAAAGGUUUAUAACGUGUAUACAGGACAGAUUGUUCGAGAAAUAGGUAAGGAAGAAACUAUGCGCUUUCUGGCCGUAUCCCUUUGCAGAUCAGUGCCAGAUAUUCGCGCACGGCUGCAAGGUGCUGCGGCAACUAUUGCGACAGAGGCAGCAGACAAUCCCAAUUUGGUUAGGACUGCUGAACCCGAUCCUAUCAUGGUUUGCUGUGCCCACAGGAAAAAUCGUUUCUAUUUAUUUACAAACACGGAGCCGUAUUCAGUAGACGAAUCCGAUGAGUCAGCAACUAGUCGGGAUAUAUUUAACGAACGCCCUAGGAAGGAGGACCAAAUUACUGCUCAAGAAGGAGAUGUGGCGCAUGCUACUGAGGAUGCUGUACUUCACACCACAAUGGGAGAUAUUCGCAUACGUCUCUUUCCUAAUGAAUGCCCACGAACUGUUGAGAAUUUCAGCACACAUGCAAGGAGGGGCUACUAUAAUGGACUGACAUUCCACAGAGUGAUUAAAUCAUUUAUGAUACAGACAGGAGAUCCUACAGGUAAAGGCACUGGUGGACAAUCAAUCUGGGGUGCGGAUUUUGAGGAUGAAUUUCAUCCACGGCUUCGACAUGAUAAACCUUUUAAGGUGUCGAUGGCAAAUGCUGGACCAAAUUCUAAUGGAUCUCAGUUCUUUAUCACUGUCUGCCCUGCUGAAUGGCUGGAUGGAAAGAAUACGAUAUUUGGAGAGGUCACCGAAGGAAUGAAUGUAGUGCAGAAAAUCAAUCAGGUACCGACAUUUGAGAAGAGUGGACGACCACGCAGUGAAAUCACAAUAAUGUCUAUCACAUUGAAAUAG